GUAAAACUAUAUUGGAAUUCCUAACAGUUAAUGAUCAGUUAUAUGACUAUUGAUUAUUAUUAGAAGGGUGACAUUUGUGCAGUACCAAUGAGUGAGAGAGAGUCAGAAUUCAAGAGUGCUUCAUCCGAAGAUAUUCCCUCGGAUUCUAAACCGAAACGUAAGAAAACUUCAAGAGCAUGUAAUCAUUGUCAUAAGGCACAUAUGACAUGUGACACCAGUCGGCCAUGUAAGAGAUGCAUUCAAAGAGGACUUGAGAAAUCUUGUGAAGAUGCACCCCGAAAGAGAAAGAAGUAUUUGGCUGAUGUUCCUAAUAAUGCUUUAAAACCUAAUCAUUUAAAGCAUACAACAACUAUAGAUAAUUCUAAUAUAAUUGGAUUAAAUAAUGAUCCAGGAAGAUUCCAAGCAACAACUUUUCAACAUAGCGCAACUAUGCCAUCUAAUUAUGGUAUGGGAACAGGAUCAGAUUUCUUAUAUUCUUCAAGUAGUUAUGAUCAGGAAUUACCUCAACCACAAUUAUCUCAAGUUCAAGUACAAGUUCAACAAGUAAAUCAAGUUCCUCAACAAAUAAUACCGCAACCGAGUAAUGGACAAGUUAAGUCCGAACAUAUCCAAUCAAAUAUGCCCCUUCCGGUACCACCUCAAUCAUCAAAUGCAUAUCCUCAAAAUAAUCAAAAUUCAUUACAAAAUGUCCCACCAAAAUCUAGAAGAACUAAUUUCCUUUCUUCAGCUGCUGAUCUAGAAUAUUCUACCUUAUCUAGUAUACUUCAAGAUAAUUUCAUGCAUGUAGCUCAUUCAGCUACCUCAAAUGAAGGAACUCCAAAUUCAAUAACUUUAUCUCCUGCUUUAUCUCCACAUACUUUAAGUACAAGUGCAUCAAAUAAUGUUAAUCGUAAAAGUGCUAAUUCUCCUAAUGAUAUUCAUUAUUUACCAAAAUCUGCUAGCCUUCAACCCAUAUCACCAUAUAUUUCUGGACCUUCACAAACUCCAUCUCCCAAUGAUAAAACUCAAUCAAGAAUUUCCGUAAAUGCCAGUAAAAUUUAUGAUCAUCCUCGAUAUCCUAAAUGUGAUGAAUCUAUUAAUCAAUAUUUUCUUGGACCUACAGAUGGAGAUCAUAUUCUGCUUUAUCCUGAUGUAAUUACUGCUAUAAAUGUUAUGAAACUGAGUGAUCCAGCUGUUUAUUUUGAGAGAAAUUCUAAACUGGCAUUAUCAUUUACUAUUGGGAUAGUUCCUGAAGAUUCCCAUUAUUCAAAGGAAGAAUAUGAAAGUUUCUUUAAAGAACCAGAAGAAAUUUAUGCUAAAGUUAAAAAACCAUUUUCAUAUACUCCAGGUUAUCAUUCAUUAAUUGCUUAUUUAAGAAAAAGAUUUCCUAAACCAAUGUUAGUUAAAAUGGCAGAAAGUAUGGCUACAUAUAGACCAUCAUUUAUUGCAUGUACAAAUUCUUUAAAAGAAGGAGAUCUUAUAUUUAUGGAACAAUGUUUUCAAAGAACUUUAUUAACUUAUGAUAAUUUUAUUAGAGUUAGUGGAACUCCUACAAUUGUUUGGAGAAGAACAGGAGAGAUUGCAUAUGUUGGAAAUGAAUUUUGUGUAUUAACUGGUUGGCCAAAAGAAGAAUUAGUUGGUAAACAACGAAAAUUUAUUGUUGAAUUACUUGAUGAUAAAUCAGUUGUAGAAUAUUUUCAAUUAUUUCUGAGAAUUGCCUUUGGAGAUUUCUUAGGUGCAACUAUGACUGAAUGUACUUUAUUAACUCCUAAAUCCGAUGUAAAAAUUAGAACUGGAUGUAUGUGGACUUUAAAGAGAGAUGUAUUUGGUAUACCUAUGAUGAUAAUAGGAAAUUUCUUACCCAUAAUAUAGACUACUUAUUAAUUAUAUUUGUACUAUUAAUAAACGUUACGACCCAUUUAUAUGUAUACUGUAUAUAUAUUUUUUAUGUCCCCUUUAAAGUAAAUAUUCCGCAGCCAAUUUGUACAGUCCUUUUGUGGGGGAUGGAACGGGGCACCCACAGCAAGCUAAUUUGGGAUUUGAUAGUGCGAGAUUACGUUUUCCUAAUUUGUGUUAAAGUAUACGGUGUUUGAUUUGAUUUGAAUUUAUUGAGUUUAUUUAAUUUUACUUAAUUUUAUUUUAUUUAAUUUAAUUUAAUUUAAUUUAUUUAUUUGAUUGAUUUGAUUGUAUUGGGUUAUUGUAUAGAAUUUAUCUGGAUUAAGCGUGAUUCCUAAUGG